GGAACUGCUUAGCGAGCCCUUGAAACUGCGCGACGUGUCCCUCUCAGUCGAUUCCCCACCUCUGACUGCUUCAUUUGUUGUUCUUUUGCUACCCAAAGAAUCAAUGCGUGACUGGGGAAAAAUGAGAAAUGUCCCUAUCAGAGCACUGUUUACAGACAGACCUCAGUCAUGAGAUGAAGCUCUCAAAAAGAGCCAAGUAUUGCCUUCUAUUUCUUGCGUAGAAUCCCCAGCACCUGCAGGAUUCACUUUCACUAUCAAACUGCCUUGACAAUUUUCUCCUUUCCCGCCUGAAACCCUUACUGCUGCAAGGAUUGCCCGUUACGAUUGCCCGUUGCAGCUAGGGCUCGCUUAACAUUUAUCAGAUAUUUUAUUUCAGCACGUGAAAGAUGGCGUCUGAGAAGCGCCUGCGCCGAAUAUCGCAGACCAAACUCGGUCAACGUCUUCCUCCUGGCCUGCCAAAGAGGUCCACAAGUCUACGUCGAGCCUACAACUAUCUCUUCCAUCCCGAUUCUCCGUCCUCAUCGACCGAUCCUAUGUUCCGACGAAAGUUGUCACAGCGAGCCUCAGAAGCACCCAAACCAGACCCAGGGAGCCAAAAUCAAGUUGACAAUCUUCGGAAAGAGUUGCAACAAUGUCGUCAAGAACUGGACGAGGCCAAAGACAUGGUCAUUGCCCAAGAGAAAGAAUUGUCGUCUUAUGAGAUCAAUCAAAAGAAACUCGAGGCUCAAUACAAGGACAAGGAGGCAGCGCUGAGAAAACAAAAGGCUUCGAUAGAAGACAAUAUAGUGACAGUAGUGGUUCAGCAGAUCCGAGAUGCUCAGAAAGCCGAACGAGAAGCCGUCAGAGAGGAACUGAGCAAAGAACACCAAGAUGCAUUGGACAACCUUCACCACAAAUAUCGGUCAAGGGUGGCCAUAAUUACACAAGAAUUGCAAGACUCUCGAUCUGCAAACGAACAAAACAAAGCUACCUAUGAUAUUCAGUUGACAACACUACGCGCCGACCUUGCCACUCUAAACAAAAAACUCGAAGCUGCAAAAACAGUCAUUGCGGAGACUACUUCUACGUUGAAGGAUGUCCAACAGGCAUCCAAGACCGCACUGGAAGACUCGCAAAAGGCAAAUGCUGCUCUCCGGACGGAACUAGAAUCUCAAAUUGCGACCCUGACCGAGCAAUUACAGAAUGCCCACUUGAGCACACAAGAGCACAAUCAGAGAUAUGCCGAUCUUCAAGAUACCUCUGCUCAAGCUCUUGAAUCUGCCAAUCAGUCGCUAGCGUCAACGAAAGAGCAGCUACAAGCCCAGAUUGAUUCGCAGACGACAGAAUUAUCUACACUCAAAGAUGCUCUGGAGGCGGCCUUCGCAAGAAGCGACACGGACACUUCGGCACAUCAGAUUGUGAAAGAUGAGUUGGCUGCUGCUCGGCAAGAGAUCGCGGAACUCACAGUGAGCUUGACCAGCUAUGAAGAGUCCAAAGCGGCAUUGUCUAUUUCCGAGGCCCGAGUGACGGAACUAACGCAGAAAGUGGAGGAGCUUUCUACGACCAAGGCAGCCUUGGGAGCAUCUGAAGAGAAGGUUGCUCAACUAAUGGUGGAUCUGGGGUCUUUCAACGCGCGUAGAGACGAGCUCGCAAGCUCUCAGGCAAAGAUUGCUGAAAUCAAGAUAGCCGACCUAACCGCAAAAGUCGAGGACUACGAUCAGACCAAGACUGCUCUGGCCGACGCAGAAUCCAAACUUGGUGAACUGUCUGCAGAGCUUGAGGGUUACGCCGGACUCAAGGCCGAGCUCCAAACCGAGAAAGAACGCUCAGCUGGUUUUUCCAGAGAGAUCGAAGGCCAUGCCAGCAUUGUUGCAGACCUGCAAGCAAAACAUGAGGACACUCAAGCACGUGCAGUUGAUGCCGAUGAGAAGCACGGUGCUGUCCUAAGCCAGCUCGAGACUCUCAAGGAUGACAGUCGCAAGCUGGAGACACUGAAAGAACAGAUGAACAAAUUAAAUCAAGAUCUGGAGACUGCCUUGGCAGCUAAGGAGGCGGAAUCCCAGCGGAUUGCGAAUCUGGAUUCUGAGAGAACUAAGCUUGCUGAGGAGGUCGGGACUCUGCAACAAGCUUCUGCCGUUUUCACAAGUCGUGUUGAGGAACUCGAAGCGGAGAAGAGUGAACUUGCAGCCUCUCUAGAAGCGGCUGAACAGGCCAAGACAGCUUCAGACGAUAAAAUUGGCGGUCUGGAAGAAGAGCGGUCAGAGCUGGCCUCUAAAGUCGAUCACCUCCAUACCGCUCUGCAAACCCAGACAGAUGAGGCUCAAGCGGCUGUUGCAGCUAAAGCCGAAAUAGAGAAGAAGCUCGAGGAGACACAGGCUCUUGAGCACCAACGAAGUGCACUCCAAGAACGGGUCGACUCAAUUGAAGCCGCCAAUAAAGAGCUCGCUGAAAAGCUCGACCAUGCUAUAUCGGCAAAGGCAGAAGCCGAAGGUCAAGCGAAACAGCUGGAAGACGAGUCUAAGUCUGCCAGACAAAAGAUGGAAGAGGAGCUCGCAAUCGUCAAGGAUGCUCUUGCCAAGUCCAGCGAAGAAUCAGCAUCAUCAAUGGCCGAACUGCAAGAGAAGCUUGCCACGCUCGAAACAUCACAUCAAUCAGCACAAGAUGCCCUCGCAAAAGCUCAGCUGGAUGCAGAAAGCUCGACGGCCGAGAUGAAAGAGAAGCUGUCGGAAGCACAUCAAGCGUACAAAGCAGCGCAAGAUGCACUCGAUCAGGCACAGGCCGACGCGGCCGCGUCAUCGGCUGAUCUUGGACAGAAACUUGCCGCAGCGCAGGAUGCACAGAAAGCUGCUGAAGAAGCUCUGGCCCAGGCUCAAGAAGAAUCCACGGUAUCUAGUAAUUUGCAGGCUGAGCUUGCGGUGACGCAAGCGGCUCAGAAGUCAGCUGAAGAAGCACUCGAGGAGCUGCAAGCACGGUUCAAAGCCGCUGAAGACGAGCAGGGCAGUCUCGAAGCCAAAUUACGCCAGGCACAAGCCGUCAAAGCGGAGGCGGAUAAAACUGUCAAGGAUGCUGAGGAUGCCAGGGCUGAGACGGAAGGCAAGCUCAAGGCUGCCGCAGAUGAGAAAGCUGCGGCUGAGGAGAAGCUCGCCCAUGUCGAAGCAGAAUUGAGUUCCGCCAAGCAAGCGCAUGCUGAAAGUGCAGACCUAGUAUCCAAGGACCUCGAAGCUAAAGAGGCAGAAUUGGAAGCAGCAUCGAAGUCAAGAUCAGUCCUGCAAGCCCAGCUGGACGAGUCCGCUGCGAGAAAUAACUCAUCCCAAAGCCGACUAAAAGACCUUGAGUCAGAACUCGAACAUCUCAAGGCCAAUACCACAGAGACGGAUAAUCAAGCCCAGGAGAACGUCGCGGCGAAAUCUCGAGAGAUCGACGCCUUGACCGAGAGCAAAAACGAGACAGAAACCCGACUGAAAGACGCAACUGCGGAACUGCAGGCCUUGCGAAGUGAGGUCGAAGCAGCCAGAUCGUCUAUCAUCGACACCCCGGAUCAGAGUGAGGACGACGUCGAGUCAAAAGGACGAAAGCGUGAGGCCUUGUCGGGCAAUGUGGAUAAACUCCAGGCGGAAUUGAAGGAUAAAGACGACGAGAUUGCCGAACUAAAGGCUUGGAAGCAGAAAGUCGAACAAGAGAUUGAAGUUCUUGCUGGGCGAGGACAGUAGUCUUUGGUGAUGAUGACCAGGCGCCAAUCGUGGUUGUUGCGAAUGGGAAGAAGGCCGCGCAUGGGUCAAGUUGGAUAUGUUCACUGACGGGAUGGAGCUCAUGAUUGAAUGAUUGCAUUGAUUACUCUGGGUAAGGUACCUAGUAUCUGGAGACAAGCGAGUUGGGUGCAGACAGAAGCAUGUUCCGGCAUACACAGUGCCUGCAUUGUCACAUAUUGAAUUGGUUGAUGGUCUUGAGCAAGCGAUUGAGUGUUAUCUUGUUGCCACCGACCGCCACAGCUGUCAUCCUCGCAGCCACCUCCCUCAUCCCCGUCCACGCAUUGACCGUGCCACUGAGCCUCUCCAUAUACCAUCCACCCAGCCAUUCACCUAGGUGGCCCCCCUGCCGGGCUCUAACUCUGGCUUCUUGUCACUCAACGCAGAAACGUGUGAUUGGGUGCCAACAAGCCCCGUGGCAACCAGAUAAUGCGCGAUGAUCUCAUAUCUGGUCAACACAAACUUCCCACCAACUACAAGAGCCGAGGAGGAGUGGGAGGUACGUCGAGA